AUGGAGUUAACGGUCGAAUGGAAAGGCGCAUUGCUCAGGCUGACCAAAGGUGAUCUGAUGAAAGCUCUGCUCAAUCUCACGGAAAGCGAACUCGUGGCCAUGGAGGAUACGACACCGCUGGUGCCUGUACUUAGAGUGGAGGGUUAUGUACCGGGAAAUGCUGAGCUAUCUAAGACAUGUUUUCUGGACAUCAGGAUGGCUCUAGUGCGACGAGACCACCCGUUGCAUGGCCACAGCAUGCACGAUUUCUGGGCCUCUGCACGGUGUGAUACUGAGGUGCGCUCUGUUGUGUCAUCUCCCGUACAUCAACCGCUGAGUUGGUCGGUGUCUAACGGAUUGAACCAAAAGCAAGAACCCGACGACCCCACGUGCUUGACCUUUGGACACACAGAUGAUCAAAUCGCUUCAGACGACGAAUCUAUGACCGAGACACACGUGAGCAUCCACUCGUCCCACUCUGAGAGCGGACAGAAUGCUCGAUGCAGUACAGCGAUACGCAAGAUCGCUGGCACCCGGCUGUUUAUCCGGGUGUACCGUGGGGCUGGGUUGCGGUUUCCCAGUGCCCUCGUACUGGACCAUCAGAAGAACGCCCACAGAGUGUUUGUCACCUGUCGGUUGGCUAAACAACGCAUAGACACGCCAGUGGCGGUGGAAUCACUUCCCAACCCUGAAUGGGAUUACCGUGACUUCAGUGUCAGAGACAUGAUAUUCGACGUCUUCAAACAAUGCGAGAAUUUUGAAUUCAAAAUUCGGAUGAAACAUAACACCGGGGAUAAAAUAUAG